AUGGGUCUGCUCGCGACACUGUCAAAGCCGGCCGAGCGUCUCCUUGUCUCUUUGCCCAUCUGGCAACUCGCUCUCCUUGGCUUUGCGGCCUUCCUUGUGCUUUGCGUGGCAUGGAAUGUCGUGAGGCAGGUCUUGUUGAAAGAUAAGAACGCGCCGCCGGAGGUCUGGAGUUGGUUCCCCGUGCUGGGAAAUACAAUAUGGUACGGCAUGGACCCUUUCGACUUCUUUUUCACCUGCAAAGAAAAAUACGGCGACGUCUUCACCUUCAUCCUGCUUGGCCGACGAGUCACCGUUUGUUUGGGGACCAAGGGCAACGAGUUCAUAUUGAAUGGCAAGCUGAAGGAUGUCAACGCUGAGGAGAUAUAUACCGGACUGACCACACCGGUGUUUGGGGAAGGUGUGGUGUACGACUGUCCAAACUCAAAAUUGAUGGAACAGAAGAAGUUUGUGAAGUUUGGGCUCACUAUGGAGGCAUUUCAGUCCUAUGUCGACUUGAUCUCGAGUGAGACGCGGUCAUUCGUGGAGAAGGGAAAGGUCUUUCAGGCUCAUUCUGGGAAAAUUGACAUUGUCCCCACCAUGGCCGAGCUGACUAUCUAUACGGCGUCACGAUCGCUUCAGGGCCCUGAAGUGCGGGCCAAAUUCGACUCGACCUUUGCUGACUUGUACCACGACCUGGACAUGGGGUUUUCGCCCAUCAACUUCAUGCUAUCAUGGGCUCCUCUCCCGCAUAACCGCAAGAGAGACAUUGCACAAAAAAAGAUGACGGACACGUACAUGGAAAUCAUCAAGCAACGACGCGAUGCUGGCGGCAAGCGGGAAAAGGGAGAUGAAGACAUGAUUUGGAAUCUGAUGGGCUGCACCUACAAGGAUGGCACGCCCGUGCCCGACAGGGAAGUGGCACAUAUGAUGAUUGCGCUUUUGAUGGCGGGCCAACACUCAUCUUCCUCCACCUCGAGUUGGAUUCUAUUGAGACUUGCAACGAGACCAGAUAUCCAGGAGGAUUUGCUGGAGGAGCAAAAACGUGUGCUAGGGGAGGACUUGCCACCCCUGACAUACGAGAACCUGCAGAAACUUACCCUGAAUGCCCAGGUGGUCAAAGAGACAUUGAGAUUACACGCCCCAAUCCACAGCAUUCUUCGCAAGGUCAAGUCGCCGAUGACAAUCGUGGCGAAUACUCCCACCACGACGAAGACAUAUCAAAUACCGACCACCCACACACUUCUGUCCGCACCUGGCGUGACGUCGCGAGAAUCCGAGUUCUUCCCCGACCCAAUGACCUGGGAACCACACCGUUGGGAUGAAGGUCACCCCCUUGCAUACACGCGAAUGGGCAUGGAUAAGGAAGAAUUCGAAGACUACGGAUACGGCAUGAUCAGCAAGGGUGCUUCUUCACCAUAUCUCCCAUUUGGCGCGGGCCGACACCGGUGUAUUGGCGAGCAAUUUGCGUAUGUACAGUUGGGAGCGGUGCUCGCUACGAUCGUGAGACUGGUGAAAUUGCGACAGAUUGAGGGCAAGGAGUUGGUGCCCACGGAUUAUUCGAGUCUAUUUUCGAGGCCAAUGGCCCCCGCUGUGGUGGAGUUUGAGAAGAGAGAAAAGGCGUAG